AUGGUUAGAUAAUCUACUUGAUCCAUAUACUGGAGUUUAAGGAAUACUGCCAUGAGAUUUAUCAUGAAAAGUGAAUCUUAAUCAAUCUGUUCUCGAAUCAAAUCUUAAUAUUUCUGUUUAAAAAAUAAGAUAUUUUGAACGAUCUUCAAUAUGUGACAAGCAUUUGAAUAUACGUUUUUUCUUGAUAUGUCCUUUUAGGCUUGUCAAAUUGCCUUGAGGUUUGGCUGCUCAUCCGCCAACACUGUGAACACCAGGUAAGGUACAGUUUGUUGUUCUACAUUGAAACAACAAAUGCAAACUCAAAUUUGCCUUCUAGUAGGGGAGAGGAGCUUUAUUUCAAUGUGUUGUAUUUUAGCUGUAAAAGUGUUUUUUCUGCUCUAGCAAAUCUUAUUUAAUACAAAAUAAUUUAUAUUCGAAGUAUAUUGUCUUUAAUGUAUGGUAAUAUAUUGGCAGAGAAUGACAUGAAUUAAUUUUAUUUACCUUGGUUUAUUACAUUGGUUAAAUCUCAAUAUAUUUCAACACUUAAAAGUCACCAAAGUACGAAUGUGUGCGAUGAUACUCUUUGCUCCCCCCCCCCCUUAUCUAGGUGUGGCAGUGUUGUUCUUGACUUUAUGAUGAGGUUCAAUCAAACUGUAGUCGUCAGCAAUGUUUUGAUUGUCCUGUCGGAUGCUGCAAGGCAAGACAAAUUCAGAGGUUUUAAAGUCAAUCCAGACUCAAUUAAACAAGUUUUAGUACCCACAGAUGGCUCGGAAAGCACAACAAAAGGUAAAUUUUACAAAGACAUUGUUCAAUGGUUACACUUAUUCUUCCGAAGAUGGACUGUUUAUAAUUGUAUUCCGUAUCUAUUUAAUUAAACAACUUAUUCUGUGACUGAUACACUUCCAAGUUUUUUGUUUUUAUCGUUGUUGUUUUAUUUAAUUAAACAAAAUCUUACUUUUAAAAAUUAUUUUAGAGAGAGUAGCAACUUGCUCUUCCUUCGUACCAAGCCAAUUAGAGUUAACGUUUUUCGGUCAUGAGCCUAAGCUAUGUAGUGAGAGCAGUGUAUCGACCAGGAUCAGUGUAAAUGUUGUUUGAAUGUUAUUUCAUCAAGCUUUGCAAAAUGAAUCAUUUUAGGUCCUGAGGAAUGUAACUGCCCAUCUAACAACGUCUUGUUGGCCAUAAUUGGGGUUCUUGCCUUCACAAUCCUUCUUCUAAUUAUUUACAUAAUCUGGCUACAUAAGAAAGGUAGGUAAAAAAUCAUAAUCUAUGUUUGGCUGCAAGAUUCUUUUUCACGCAAAAGCAAAUUUUUACUCGCGUUUACAUCAUUUGUUUUUUUUCCUUUCGUUCUUUUUCAGGCGCUGUCGGGAAACAGAGGUAAGAAUUUUCUGCUAGUUGGAUUGUGUCGAUGUAAUGUGCCCGAUAUGGUUUCAUCUUAACACAAAACUCCAAUAAAAACUGAUGAAAUUCCUAGCGUUUUAUAAUUAUUUCUAUGCUUUUUCAAUUGUAGGGCUUAUGAAGAUGAGAGACGUGUUUGCGACGUAAGUUACAGCUAAGACAUUGAGGUCAUGUUAGUGUGACCAGAAAUUAUGUAAUCUUACUUUACCUCUACUUUCUAUGAGAAAAUAAACGCUUGCAGCAAAUAAGAAGGAAAAAAUUUGUAGUUCUACAUUUAAAAAAGCAUAUUGCAUCAGUGGCAGAUACAAUGAAAUAAAAGAGGAAGUUAGGCUCGAUAAGGUCUUUGUUCUGUGAUCAUGUCCUUUACCAAGCCACUCCAUGGAUUUUCCUUCGAUUGUCCCUGGUUUAACCGCUUGGUUUCACUUCACAGAUCGCUAAUUGGUCUGCACCUGGUUGAUAUUUGCUUUCUAAAUAAUAGAUUUCGUGCAUUUAGGGCGUCGUAUUUUCUUGAUGCCUUAUUUUCUAAACGUGAGUUUAGGAACUUGGUACUGCAAGAGUUGUUUCGUGCGUUUAUUUGUUAAAAUAUUGGACUACCAAUCGACAAUCUUCACGUUGCAGUUUGUAGCUUCGACGAAUAUGCUAUGAGCCUUGAUCACUCUAUUGGACAUGAUAGUUUCAAAAGCAGAGAACAAAAUGUUAGUAAUAAUAAGGAAAAGAGGUCAUAAACUAUUUAUAAUCUCUUAUCAUAGAAGAAUAUAAACAUUUGUCUGAUAAAAAUGGGUGAACGAAUUUUUAUAACCAUGAGGUACUUUUUACUGGGAUUAAUAACAGAUUUGGAUAUGAAUACCUUAACAGUGUGUUGGUUUAAUAGAAUGAAACAUUAUUAGAAGAUAUCGAACCAAGUCUACCUGAUUCAAGAAAACUCACCCAGCCUCAUGCGGAAUACAUGGAUCUCAUAGAAGUCAACAAAGAUGAUAGAAAAGCACAAAGUACCCCUCCAGGUGCUGAUUACGUGCCUCUUCAUCCAUUAACACGUUGCUGGGAAGUUCCUAGACAUAACGUGACCAUAGAAAAAAUUAUUGGUAAAGGUGCUUUUGGUCAGGUUGCCAAGGGAACAGCAGUAGGACUUCGAGGGAGUCCUGAAACGACCACAGUGGCUAUUAAGAUGCUUAAAAGUGAGCUCUUGUACUGUAAAUUGAAUGAGUCUUGGCCUACAGACAUUCAGGAAAUGUUACCGGGUUACUGUAAUUAUUUAGCUAUUUGCCAUUUCAUAAGUUAUGUUGUUAUUCCGACAUUUCGCAUAUUAUUCCCGUUAACCAAAUUUUACUCCUUGUUUUUAAUGCUCCAGCAAACGCUUCUGAAUCGGACAAGAGAGAUCUGAUGAAAGAACUUGACACAAUGAAACAGCUAAAACCACAUCCUUACGUCAUUAAACUUCUGGGAUGCGUUACUGAAUCUGGUAUGCUUUGGUUAUGCGGGUCUAAUUUUGCUGUACACAUUUUUCUUAUGAUUUACUUUGUAACGCUUUCUCGUCAUUGAUAAUUUGCCUCAGUGGAAGGGUGACCGCUUCGCAAUUGAGCAAAACAAACAACCAUCGCAUAAGGUAAUUUUAUCUUGUUUUAGCCAACACAGACGUUCCUGGAUUUACUGAUAGACUAAGACCGAAUAUUUGCCACUGAACAGGUCAUUCUGUUGUAGAAGCAGAAACGCUUUUUUCAAGGGAAUAAUUAGUCUGUACUUUCUUAUGGGACCGUCGCAUAGUUUUUCUUGUUUUCAUGCGAUUUCUUCAAAAGUGUUGACCAUGACUGGGCCAUUCAUCUAUUUCAAUUACUGCUUUUUUUUUUUAAAGAAAGUAACAUAUCAAUUAAAUUGUUUAAUUUCUUCAGAACAGCUGUUGGUUUUGAUUGAAUAUGUGCCUUUUGGGGAUCUGCUGGGUUAUCUGAGAAAGAGCCGUGGAUUAAAAGACACUUACUACAAAGACCCGGAUAUCAAACCACAAACAAAUCUGACGUCACAGCAGCUGAUGAAGUUUGCUUGGCAAAUUGCUGAUGGAAUGAGUUACUUGUCCGCAAAAUCUGUAAGUUAGUUAAAAACACAAAAGACAAACAAUUCUAAAACCUUCUCGUAAGGUCUAUCGUCAUGUUAAGCUCUGUCUGGCAUGGAAUAUUAUGUCUUCACAAGAUCACGCCUGGGAGAUGCAGACGUAUUCUUACCGUCUUGUCGAGGUUAUUUCUUUAGGGCCAGGAACCCUUCCGAUUUUGACGUCAUCACAUAAGUUUUAUUUCAAUGUGAGAAUGGCGAUAUUUGUGCAUCGUUGCAAGUGUACCCCAUCGAAAUAAAAUAUCUGGGUUUUUCUCGUGUGAGCAAAGGCAGAGACGUGAAGGAAUAGGGUCUUUUAAGAUAUUCAGCCUAAACUGAGUGCACAACAAAUAUCCAUUUUAUUGACAAGGAAGAAAAGGAAUUAAAACUUCAACUUAAAAAAAAUCGUCUUUGGUCGCUAAACUGCUUCAUUACAGAAUCCUAUUUCGAUUAAAAUGUUAAGGUAAGCGUUCUUUGAAAUGACUACGUAUUGCAGAAAUAAAGUAGUUUGCUUCUCUUUGGAAUAUGGAGCAGUUAUUGUAGUAGUUUAGACUUUCUGCCAUCUGGAAGAAAUAGAAAUACACACACCAUAUUAUGUUGCUAGAUAUUUCUAUUUUCCUCUCUGAACCAUUUCAUUUCAGUUCUUUUUCUUCUACAAUCACUAAUUUUUGCUGUUACAUCAAUUCUUUAUUAGAUCAUUCACCGAGAACUUGCGGCCCGUAAUGUGUUGGUUGGACAAAAGGAAAUGUGUAAAGUGACAGACUUCGGAAUGGCCAGAGAUGUGCAGCAGGAAAAUAUUUAUGAACGAAAGACAAAGGUAAUCAAGAAAAAGGGGAGGUGAGGGCGGUAUCACAUUUCGUUCAGUUAAGUGAUCUUUGACAUCAUUGUUGUGGUUGAGCUGAUAUAUUCCUGAUUUCGAUCAUGAAUUCCUUGGGACCCUAAUGAAACUAUCAGCCAUGCGUAUACGAGUACAAUUUUAAAUAUCACUAUUUCUGACUACUCGCUUCCUAUAAUUCUCGAGCUGUUUCACAGAGUGAUAUUUAAAAUCUUUAGGGCCGUCUUCCCGUGAAGUGGACAGCUUAUGAGGCCUUAUUGUAUGGUAAAUAUACCACCAAAAGUGACGUGUAAGUAUACCUGAUUAUUACCCGUAGCAGUUUAUCAAAAAUUUUAUCAAUUUUAAUCAGGACUUGAAUUCUAUGCUUUGUCAAAGAAUACAUAUAUUUUAUUUGUCUUUUAUACUGUUUAUGUCUAUAGUCACUUAAUUUAUAUUCAUUUGAUUUGUCUUUCUGCAGAUGGAGUUAUGGAGUUCUGUUAUACGAGAUUUUCACCAUAGGUAACAUGGAAUGGAAUUUUAUAAGGCUCUGUAGAUGUUUUUUGCUUUAUACCAUGUUUAAUUACACAAUGUAUCGUGUUCAGUCAGACAAAAGUAAUGAGCUUCAAACUACAUCUAGUGACAAAGGUGAUGUUCCAUUGAAGGUCGGUUUUUUGUCACAUUUAUAUUUCGAUGGUCUUGUGGUUCUUCCAGGCGGUUCACCUUACCCACGAAUGGAUGGAAGAAAAAUUGCAAACUUACUCCAGGAUGGAUACAGGAUGUCUAAACCACAACACGUCGAUGAAAAAUUGUAAGUUUUCUUUAUUUACUUGUUCUCCCUCACCGUACAAGGAAACAUUCUUUAAAUCUUUAACGGAUUAUUUGAAUAAUACCAGGUAUCAGAUCAUGAUGAAAUGCUGGAAGAAUGACCCAGACGCAAGACCAACUUUCACUGAAUUGAAAAAUCAGCUUAAGGACAUGGAAAUCCUACACAAGGUCAGAAUUUUUAUCAAUAUGAAAGUUUUUUUUUCACGUAAGACCGACUGGCUUAGGCUUAGCUAAUUAGGGUUAAACGUAACAGCAUUGAGCCUAAAUAGCGUAGUAAUAUGUACUCAUCUCUGUACUUUUUACGAAGUCUGGAAUGCAUCUUUUUGUUAUGUCACUGAAGCUAGCACUCCACGAAAAACAUCAAAGAAGUGAACUUGAAUGUCUCAAUGACAAUUAACACUUGAUGGUUAUUUAAAAGAUCAUAGGAUGAUUACAAAACUGCAUUGAGACGCACAAAGAGUAGCAGACGACGACGCCAUAAAAUACUUCCUCCUUGAAUUUGUUUUGGUGUGAAAACCUGACCACUCAUGAGGAUAACCACUUAAAACUUUUUUAAUGAUGCUGAUUAUUAUAUUAUUUUUCUCUGCAGAAGCUAAUUGACAUGAAAAUGUACGACAAGCAAUUGUAUGCAAACGUCGAGGAUUUAACAGUGUAG